CUGUUCUGGGAAUUGUCUCCACGAAACCGUAGAGUUGAUCAGCGCAGGCGUCACCGUGACGCCUUUACGUGCCUCAUUGCCAUUGAGGCAUUGACCAUACCAACCCGAUCCUCCUGUUUCCGGCCCUGAUAAAGAGCUCCUCGAAUCACCAGAGAGCACUCCAACAUUCAGAACCACGAACGUCAGCAGAGCAGACAGCAGAGACACACACCCGUGCACGCUGCACAUCCGUUCUUCAGUUUCUGUGGGUAGGAGUAGGACACUCCUGCAUCAGGAGAUGACGGAAGGCGGCGAGCUUAAGCUGCUGGGGAUGUGGGCGAGCCCGUUCGUCACCAGAGCGAAGCUCGCGCUGCAGAUCAAGGGCCUGAGCUACGAGUACGUCGAGGAGGAUCUCGGCAGCAAGAGCGAGCUCCUGCUCAGCUCCAACCCCGUGCACAAGGCGGUGCCCGUGCUGAUCCACGACGGCAAGCCGGUCUGCGAGUCGUCGGUCGUCGUCCAGUACAUCGACGAGGCCUUUGCCGGCGCCGGCCCGUCCCUGCUCCCCGCCGACCCCUACGAGCGCGCUGUCGCUCGCUUCUGGGCCGCCUACCUUGAAGACAAGCUGGUGACGCCAUGGCGGCAGGUGUUGAGGGUCAAGACCGACGAGGAGAGGGCCGAGGUGAUGAGGCAGACGAUCGCGGCGGCGGACGUACUGGAGGGAGGCCUGAAGGAGAGCUCGGGGGGGAUGGGGCCCUUCUUCGGCGGCGAGAGCGUCGGGUACGUGGACGUCCUCCUGGGUGGCAUGAUCUCGUGGGUGAAGGCGACGGAGGUGUUCUCCGGUGCCAAGAUCAUUGAUGCCGCCAAGACGCCGCUGCUGGCCGCGUGGAUGGAGCGCUUCUGCGAGCUCGACGCGGCCAGGGCGGUCCUGCAGGACGUCGGCGCGCUGGUCGAGUACGCCAGGGCGCUGCAGGCACGGUUUGCCGCCGCAGCUCCAAACAAUUAGUAGUGGAACACUGGGAUCCGGCAUGGCGACGUGACUCCAAACAAUUAGUAGUCGGACAUACUCCUACGAGUCUGUUUAUGGGGAUCUGAUCGAGAUUAUUCAAUGCGGCCGGUGGUUGUCUGUGCAUCUGUAAUAACGUAGGGAAUCUAGGGAUGCAAGUGGUUAGCAAAUAGUAAUUCAGUGUCACUAUCUCAGUUUGUUUCUAUCUUGUUAAUUUACUUUGAGAUUCAUAUUUAAUAAAAGAGGUUUUGCGUUUGA